UUUUGUUUAAAACCCAUCUCCUCACUUGAACCACAAGCAACCCAUCCGGCAAUGGCGUGUGCCUCCAGACGCUGCCUGACGACGCUUACACACCACGGCGCAUCCCACCUAUCUAAUCUUCAGCGUCUCAAACCCCCGACUGCCUCUCGGUCGCUAUGCUACUCAUCCCUGAUCGAAAGGGUCUGGACCUAUCCCAUUCAAUUAAGCGGUCCCUAUGAUCCCAAGAUGGAAAGGGAAAAGGCUAUAAUGGGCUACAGAUUUAGCAAGCCUUCCAAACUGGAGCGCUGGCAGGUGGAGAUGGAGGCGCUGAAGGCGAAGCUGAGGAAGAAGGAAUUAAAGGAACGCCGUCAAUCAUCUUUCAAGCCCUCCGUUUUAUUCUUUGUUGGGAAGCAGCCUUAUGAAGCUCUGAGAGGGGAUAUCAUACACACUGAAAGACUUAAUUUCGCUAAUGUCAAUGACAAGGUGUAUUUUGUCAAGGUUGCCUUACUUUCACUUGAUAAGUAUCAUCUCACCAUCCGUUGGAAGAACCACCAGUUUCUGAGAAGAGCAUAUGUUGAGGCAGUCAUCGUGGAUCAAAUGCGGAUGCAGCCAUUUGGUAAGGGUUUUACAAAGCUGAGGGUUCUUGAUUUUGGCCUGGUUGACAAACGGAAGCUUAAUCUUGUUUAGGGAAGCGGAAAAGGAAUCAAAACCUACAGAGGGAAUGUUGCAGUUUUUGCUUGGGAGUGCUACACUACGGUUACCUUCAUAUAUUCUAAGUUCCGGAUGUUUUAUGCUAAUAGCAUCUUUAAUGUAUAUUUUCUCAGUUAGAGAGCUUUUUGUUGGUUUCCUUCCAUAAUGGAUUUAAGUGAUAAUUAAGAAAUUAGCACAUCAUAUAACUUUCACAUA